AUGCAUCAGGCAACACCAACACUCCCCCGCGUGGAUUUCGCCGUUCCCUGGAGGGAUCUGCAGGCGGUCUCCACUCAAGUGGGCGGGGAGCUGGGCGGCUACUCUGCAACCGUGUCGGGCAUCGAAGGCUGUGACCCGCCAGAGUCGUGUGGCUGGAGGCUAGCUUUAGUGGAAGCAUUGCCUCCGGCGAAGAUCGUGGGGAUCCUGCAGACGAGCCUGCAGCCCAGCGGCGGCGAGCUGACCCUGCUGUCCUCGGACUUUCGUGGUAGCGACAUGGUCAAAGGCAAAGCUUUUCAGCAAACGCAGCACAUGUACCGCUUAGAGCAGAUGGAUGAAUUUCAGGCUCAACCUCCAGCAAACUUGGAGCUGGCAGAGAGUCAGGGUGUCCAGCUUGCGCUCUCACCUCGGUUCAUCGCAGAUGCACCCCCUUUGCCCGGAACUGUGACAUCAAAUCCGCUAUUUGGAACAGCAGUCACAACUGGCUUUUCGGCUACAACCACCGGCUGGGUGGACGAGAUGACAUUCAACAUGAUGGCUGCUGCAUUUGAGAUUGCUGACAAUGGAAUCGUGGUCGAUGGAGGGUUCGUGCCUCCUGAGGUUGUGCCGUGGCUGCACGGAGUGGAGGGACAGCACCAGCCCUAUCCACUGGUCCAAGCUGGGUGGUACUUUCCAGAUAAAUAUUUCAGAUCCUACUACGAGCUGGCAGGUGUCAGCAGCCUGGCAGCACUGAUGGCUGCUGGCAACUACUUCACGGCGGUGGUUGCCAGGGAUCCGCUAGGAGCUAUUGCUGCCGCGUUCGCAGCGGGACCAGUCGUGGAAGUUCCACAAGGUGGCUUGACGCUGGAAGAGACGUCUGCAGCCCUUGAUAAUGCUCUGGCCAGUAAUGACUCGAGCGUGAUCUUGGGCAUGCUGGAUGCGCUCGUUUCGGUGCCGAUUGUCGGAGAGGAGGAGAAGGAGGAGGAGGAGGAGGAGGAGGCUUCAAAUGGCUCGGACGCGGACGAAGCGAAAACACAGGCACAAGAUCAGCAACUGGCGCUCAAGGCAGCUUCUGCUGUAGUUGACACGGAUGCCGGCUUGCAGAGAUUUGGAGGUGUGCUGACAGAGGUUCUUCAAAGCGGGGCUUCAUCCGAGACUGGCGUCGCAAACGUGGAGGCUGCCGCGAAAGCCUCAGAGGCCCUGAGCGGUGUCCUGCAGGCAGCUAUCAACUCCGAAGGCAAACCGUUCAGAAAGCGCGUCUACCUUUCCUCCAAGUGUUCCCCAAAGCGUGCACUGCUCGGCCCCAUGACAGGUGUGGACGCCGCAGCCGGCAGUGCUCUGCUUGGCAGUAUCGCAGCGGUUGGUGACAGCUACGCUGCAGCUUCUUCACAAAUGGAUGAGACUUCUGGUGGAGUGCGUGCUGCGCAGCUUGCCGACAUGGACCCUCAGCUGCAAAUCUUCCACCAUGCAGCCCUGGCAUCGACGCCUGUGGGUGGCUCCACUGCGCUGAGCUCUGUGGAUGACACGGGCAAGGGCCUUGAAAUCCAAGUGCAGAAGGAGAGCGUUGCUGAAGCACAGGCCAAUGGCGUCUCUGCUGAGGGCUUGCAGAUCCCUGGUGCUGCGAUUAGCAACUUUGCGGGCCGCCGUUUGCAAAGUAGUGGUGGAUGCGACACCAUGGCCGUGCAACAGACAGACUGGGUCCUCAGCAACUGGGAUCCGGACUGGUCAACAGAUGUGAUGAGUUGGAUUUUGCCUAGCAGCUACGGAGCCGCCUCCAUCACCUGCGAGACGACCACGGCGGGUGGCGCGUACGUGGGAAUCUACUUGCCCGUCCCAUUGGCGCCAACGACAACUAGCUCGACACACACGGAGACUCGGACAACAUCCACAGUAUUCACCAGUCCCAGAAUUUCUGAUCCGGUGGACUCGGAUUGGGGCAUGAUGGUGGGAACUGCAGUUGCCUCGAUUGCGGUGAUUGCCGUGAUCGGCCUUUGUGCUUGGCAGGCACAUGCUGGCAAUGUCAAGGUGAAUGUUCCUGAUGCGAAGGCUACUUGCAAGCGAAUGGCGGAUUCUGUGAAGACUUCUGCCCGCAUUGCUAUUGCGCCUUUUGAGAAGAUGGCUGAGCCAAAGGCUGCAUGGGAAGGCAAACCAGAGGAGCCAGCUCCUCCCACCGAGACGGAGGUGAAACAUGCCAAAGAGGAUGCCAAAGAGCAUUUUUGGGAUUGGGCAAAGGACGUGGCCCAGUCAGCUGAAUCAGAGCUUCCCAGAGGCAAAUCCUUUGGGCUAGGACAAGCCAUGGGCAGCAGCGGGCCUGCCAUUCCGCGCCCGCUUCUCACAAAGAGGUCAGAAGAGAAAGAGGAAUACUUUCAGAGCUUCGCCAAGGAGCUUCGAGACAUUGUUGGAUCAAUGCCUCACAUGAUUGAUGACUCGCCUAGCAGCGCAACCAGUCCCCCUCCACCCCCACCGAAGCGCAGUGCGGCUGCCGUGGCACCGCGCCCGCCCCCCAAUCCACCUCCAUUUUCUCGAGACAAGAGAACGCUUGCUGUGUCUUUGCCUCCUCCCCCAGCAGUAGAGAAUGCAGAGCGCAUCGAGGUACGCGUGGACCAGGCCUUCUCGGACUGGGCAAGUGAUUUUGCCUUGCUUCCUGCCAGCCCGCUGCAGGCGAAGUCGCCGCCCCCACCUCCACCCCCACCUCAGCGGCACCAGAGCGGCAGCCUGCCACUGCCACCUCCCAGGCCAAGCAGACCAACCGACACGACAAACAGUGAUCCACACGACUUAAACCAGGUAUCCAGCCUCCGAAGUACGGCGAUGGCUCCUCCUGUCUGUUAG